AUGAGCAAAACCAUUGUCUCGUCCUCGACCCUGACCUCCGAGCUCGCCGAGUUCCUGUCGUCCUUUGUCUACUCGAUGUGGCACUCGCUCCCGCUCCAGACCGCCGUCGUCUCCCUCAAGACGGGGCCCUCGACCUUUUCGCACUUUUGUGAGUCGCUGCUCAAGAACACGGGGCUGUCCUUUUCGGUCGUGCUUGUGGCCCUCAAGCUGAUCCACCGCCUCAAGCAGAACCGCCCCGACCUCACGGGCGUCGAAGGCUCCGAGUGUCGCCUGCUCGUGUGUGCCCUCAUGCUCUCCAUGAAGGUGCUCAUGGACAACACCUACACCAACCGCACCUGGGUCAAGGUCUCCAAGAUCCCGCUCAAGGAAAUCAACAUCAUGGAGAUGGAGCUCCUGGUUCAGCUCCACUUUGACCUCUUUGUUAGCGAGUACGAGUAUCUCGUCUGGAUC